UAUCAUAGUAACAACUAACCAUUUCUAUUGAUGUCUAUCAAACUGUGUCAAAUUUUCCUCACAUUUUGAAAUGACUACACACUCUCACAAAGUCCGCCGCGUACAAGGCCACGAAUGCAGCCUUCCCCAAGAAGACGAACUCAUCACUCUUUACAUAAACGGCGGCUUAUUUGUGGACUUUCGCCGAAGGUUCCGCCAGUACCUAAUGGUCAGCGCUGCAAACCCCGAAAGCAAAACCGUCCUCAAAUCCACCGCCCAAAUUCGACUCGAGGAAUCCAGACACCUCCGACGGUACUACCACAUGAUCCACCCAUUCAGCGAAGCCAGAAUGACAUGGGAGAUGAUAAUGAUCGUUGUGUACACAAGUCUUCUCGUCCUCAUGCCUCUGGAACUGGGAAUUCCAAUCACAGAGUCGUUGAUUCUCUACUCGAAGUUUUUCCUGGACUUGAUUUCGCUAAUGGACAUUGCGUUGUUCUUCUGUACUGGAUAUUUCGACGUCAGGAAACAUAAGAUAAUAUUGAAACCCACGCUGGUUUUGAAAAACUACCUCUUCCCUUUUUUUUUCUUCGACUUGAUCUCGUCUUUACCGUACAACAUGUAUAUCGUCCAGACGAAGUCGUAUGACUUGCGCUGGUUGAAAUUUUUCUACUUGGUUAAACUGACACGACUACCAACUUUGAGCAAAUACAUCAGGAAGUUUUGCAUUCGAAUGGAAUUGUACAGUUACAAAUUGUCAACUGUUAAUUUUGCGUUGUGGUUUUUUACGGCCAUUUGGUGGGCCACAGCAAUCACUUUACUCGUCUAUUCCUCAGUCGAAAAUUACUCUUUACAGUACUACAUCGAAAAUCCCGACAUUUUCAACCCAACUCUAGAAUCCUGCUACCAAGUUGUGAGAGCGUUUAUGUUGGUGGCAAUGAGCAAAAUACAAACCGAUAGACCUUUAACAAUGAUUUUCAACAUAAUUUGUAUCCUAAUCGGAAGCGUUCUAAACAUGGUCAUUUUAGCCCAAGUUAUGCAAAUCUAUAAGCGGCACUCAAGCUCCCGAAACAAAUACGACAAUUUGCUCCAAGAAAUCGCAGAAUAUAUGAACUACAAGGAACUGCCACCACCUAUCAAAAACAGGGUGUUCCGCUAUGUUGAAUUCAAAUUCCAGAAAAAUAUCUUCAAGGAAGCCGACAUCCUCAACACUUUGUCCAAAAUCCUGAAACAGGAUAUUUUGCUGCACAAUUGCAAGAAAAUGGUCGAGAAGGUUGACUUCUUCAAGGGCUUGCCAGGUUCUCUAAUUUUGCGUUUGGUGACGAAGCUUCGAUCGGAGAUUUAUUUACCAAACGACCUCAUUGUCCAAGCUGGAAUUCCAGGAAACGCCAUGUAUUUUAUUUAUGUUGGAUCGGUCGCCGUGUACACUAUCAAUGAGCAAGAAAUUUGUCAUUUGGAGGAUGGAAGUUACUUCGGCGAAAUCUCCUUAGUUAUUAACGAACCUCGAGUCGCCAGUGUCAUUGCGAUAACAAACUGUGAGGUGUUCAGACUCAGUCGUAAGGAUUUUAUGGAGGCAAUGGAGCCAUAUCCGAACUUGACUGGAAAAAUUCGCGAAAAAGCCUUGAGCAGAUUGAAGAGAACCAAGCAGAUGACUGACGAUUACCACCAAAGAAUCAAAGCUAAGGUUUCAGUUGCGUUCGAUGAGCCAACCAUUUUGGAUUAAGCUGCGUUUUAUUGUUUAAUCAAGUACUUUCGUUGACGUGACUUGUCCAAUUCCAUUAUUUCUUAUCGGCAGAGGUUGUAACAAUAGCUUUCGUUUAUCACCUCCAAACAAUACAAUUUCUCCUAAUGACAUUGUUAAAAUUCCAAUUUAUUUCCUACUUUGGGCGUUAUGUACAUUUUUACGACUAAAAUUAAUAAUCACGAGGGUAUAAAUUCAAAAAAAACUAAACCAAAGCAGUCAAACUAACUAAAAUGAAUUUCGAUAUUUGCGCACUAUUUUUGUUACUUGGUAUUUGCACAGUUGUUACAGGAACCUACGAUUCCGAUGAGGACUGCGAAGACGAAUCAGACAUUGAACCCGAAAAGCCGCAUAUUGGUUCGGGUUCGUUUGACAGAAAGUCGAAGAGAUUCGCGCUGAUAAGGAAUCAGGUCUCCGGUCUUGUGCUAGACGCCCGUAAGGGUCAUGUUGUAGUUGAACACUUUAGCACUUCUCCAAGCCAGUUGUGGAAAGUAGAGGAUGCAGGUUCUGGCACUUUUUACAUCAUCAAUAAAGCUACAGGCAACGCUUUAUACUUGGAUUAUCAAAACGACAGAAAACGAAAUUAUUUAAUUACAAUACCCAAAUAUUCUUUAAAUGAAAACAAUAAGUGGAGUGCGCAAUGGUAUGUCAAUUCUGAUGAUACAAUUGUGACCUCCCGUAAGGAACUUGCCAUUACUAUACAUAGUGAAGAUUUUUCACCUGGAGAUAAAGUGAUAGGGUUUCCGAAGCAUGGAAGGCACAAUCAGUUGUUUGGUUUUCAAUAUAAAUAAAUGUCUUGUAACAGCUUUCAACAACCAAUACAUUAUUUACUAAA